GUCAGUUUUGUUUACAAAUUAACUCUAAGCACCAUCUGCUUGCUAACGAGAAAUAAAAAUUAAUGGAAAGAUUAACAAAAAUACAUAGAAAUAAAUACGCCAGAGUGAUGUCGCGUAUUACCAAUCGUUCGAAAACGAAUUUGGGGGCUGACUCUAUAGUUAUGCGGCACGAACUGCCUUCAGCACGUCUUCGCGGGAAACUAACUCAUUCAAAUCCUAAUUGCGGUGUUUUUAGUGAACUUCCAACUGUAUUGAAUGAUUAUACUCCAGAGACUGUUCCUGAUAGAGUUUUGAGACGAACAUUAACGUCGAAGCCGCGUAAAACAAUCAAAUCUUUGGACCCCGCCACUUCCCCUCAUCGCGUAGUAACGAAAUGUGAAACGGGCAGAAAACCUCGACCAAUGGUUAAGUUACGGGAAUCAGCACCUGUGUUGACGAACAAGUGUAUGGAUACAAAUGAAAGACGGUGUUCGUCAAGCAGGACCCAUACUAACUUAAAAUAUUUAAAAGAGGAAAUAAAAGCAUACAACGAAGCGGAAAAACUAAUGAGACUUAGAAGUUCUCUCUACAAGAAAUGUGGAGUUGUGCUUGAUGACGUAGGACAGGUUACUGAAGACAAAGCAAUACAAGCGGAACCAGCACCAGAUACCGGAAAUCCAAAAAGAUCGGAGCGGAACAGCCGAGAGGAUGCCGGAGCCACUGUGCCUUGCAAACAGGUGAUGCCGCGCUCCAGGUACCCGGUCGAUCGAUAUUUGGUUGAAAGCAGCAAAAAGUUGGAACGGGAAAAUACAAACGACGAUGAUUUAUGGACCUCCGAGCCAGCGCUUAAGCCUGAAGACGAGAUUAUGUUGAGGAAAUUGCAUGAUAUGCUGCAAUCGACUACAAACGAUCUAAAGAUUUUGUCAGGGGAGCUAUCGAAAUUUCAAGAACCUAGCAUUCAAAUAAAAUCCUCGCCUAUUCCGCUGGACGAGGAAUUCAAUGAAAAAGUUCAUAUUGAAGAAUUGGUAAAUGCAAAAUUCUAUGGACAUAAACUGGUUGACAAAAAUCGUGACGGAUCUGGGGCUAGACAGAUAAAAAAUGUUAUUGGGCCAAGUACUGGUACGACUAACGCUGAUACUAAAAAGAAACAUAACGUGAAACCUAAAGUAUCGACUUCUGUUCAAGUUAAUACAAUUCCUGAAAUCAAACAAAAGCGAAUUAACCGAAACAUGGGUUUUUCAAAAACUAAAUUAAUACAAAUUAGUGAUAAAACAUACAACAAAAAACUGAACAAUGGUAAAAUUAUUAAGGAACCGCUAUCAGUAGCCUACAACGAAUUCUGCUACAAACAUGAAGAACCAACUAGUAACAUCCAAAAGAAUUUACAGUUACAAAAAAUGCCAAACAUUAAUAUAAGAAGCGAGCUAAAACUGGAAAAAGUUUUCAAUUUAAGUAUUUUACCUGAGAAUAACGAAACUUUUCCAGUCCCUACUAACAAGGGCAACUCAACUGUAAUUUUAGUAAAACAUAUAGAUUUAAAUAAGCAGCCUAUUGAACAAUCACAUUCUACCCAACCUAAGCCCUUAAUAAGAAAAGUAUCUAAAAUGUCAACUUGCGAAAGCAGUGAGUCAUCGAAUAAUUUGAAUUUAGAAGUCAAAACUAAAUUAAGGAAACAUCCAAUUAAUAUUUCACCUAAAAGUACAAAUCGAGUAAUUCAAACUCACAAGAAAACAGUAAAAAGAGAUUCGGAGAAACGUUGUUAUGCGGAUCUUGAAGAAUGGAAAAGAAAACUAAACAGGGUUUACGGGGGACACGUUUUCAAAAACGACAAACCUUCGUCUAAAUAUAAAAUUAAUAAGAAAAAGGCAUCGCCUGAUAAGAAAAAUGUAACAAAACCUAUCCUAAACAACACAGAAUAUAUACCUUACUCACGAUUAACGCUAGGAGGAGUUCGAGUGAGUGAUAUAGAAAAGGAAAUAGGUGAUAUUUCAAAUAAGAAUGUACCGUUAAGUCCUAUUAUAGACAGAAUUUUAAGCAGUCGGGACAAUAGUCCAAGGAAAAAUAAACAAGAAAUUAUUUCGAGAACAUUCACAACUUCAGAUGAAAAUUUAAUGCAAGAAGUUGUCGAUAUUGAAAGGACAAUCAGUGAGACGUUAUCAAAAACUAUACAGAAAGAUGAAGAUAAUGGAGUCAAACCUAAAACUGUUAAUGAAGAUAGUGUGAGCUAUAAGAGUGACAGUUAUAUCGACGACUUUGAAGAUGAUACAGACCAAAAGGAACAAAUUUUAGAAGAAAGCUAUAACAAUAUUGAACACCUUGAAGCCAAAGACACCUCUGGUAACAAGUUGAAUUCAAAUAACUACCAACCAAAUAACGAAGACAAUAUUUCUGAUCACAAUAAGCCUAGUACGUCCAAAAUACAAAAUAGAACGUACAUAAAAGCGUCGAACUUGUCAUUCAAAGACUCAGUUGAUGUGUUCGAAUUUGUUCAUAACGUAGAUACACAGGACACCGGCACCCAAAGUGAUUCAUCAAAUAAAAUAAUUCCAAAAGAAACUCAAACAUCACCUACAAAUGAGAGACAAAACCUUCAACCUAUACGUAACGAUCUAUGGAUGUCAAUCGACCCCAGAAAGGAAGUUGAGAAAAUGCUGGAAUUAGAAAAAGACUUUAUAAAGAAAUUCAUAAUUGAAGAAUACGGUGAUAUAUUAGAAGAAAAAAUUACAAAACCUUCUACUUCAAAAGAUAGAAAUGAAAAUAUUAGAAAAAAUAUAGCAGCGUCGCAGAAGAAUACACAAACUUCGCCUGCGCGUGUUAAAAGUGUGAUGACAUCACCCAGAAGAACCAAAACAAGGACCACCUCACCAUUUCCUUUGUCAUUGGCAGUCGAUAAACAAACUAGUCCUUUACUGUUUGAUGUCAACAAUAGGGAAACGAGCGUUGACUUAGAAAAUGAUGAACUGGGAAUUUCAAUUAAUCUAUCCUCACCAAGAUUCAAUCUUCGAUUACCUCAGACAACACGAGAAGUUCUGUCUAAUCUAGACGCUUGUACUAAAAGAACUGGAACUGAUGUUACGUCGAAAACGUUCAGAAAAACGUUAGUCAGUUCUAGUUCAGCUGAUGCAGAUAAUUCCUCGUCGGAAUUGAGUAGCGUAGGUGAAAUAAAAAUGAACCUCAAAAAAAAAAUACGUGCACUGAAUAGAUCAAUAAGUUCUGAGUCUAGUUCUUCGUCUGUUUCUACAAAAUAUAGUUCAGAUUUGCAGCCAGGUGGUAUAUUACCUUUGAAAAGUGACGGUGAAUUAAGUUUGGGAAGGUCGAAAGACAAACGUGCUCAUAGUAUUGGUGAAACUAGUAACUUAUUCUAACGAAACGUCUCUAAGUGCCUUUUGAAUUGUACGUUAGCUCUCCUGUUACGUUUUGCUUUGCUUUUUGAACUUCUGAAGUACAAAUUUAUUUUUAUAUUAGUAAUAAGAUUGUGAGCAACAUUAGUGAAUUUUAUAAAUAAUUUUAAUGUCACAGCAUGUAUUUAGGUAAUGUAAAUAUUAACUUCUUUGUUUUCCUAUGCCAUACCAUAAACUGUUGUUUUGGGUAGAUUUAAGGGGAAUUUUAUUACUGUGAUUAAAUUUAUUUUUUCUAA